AUGGGAUAUAAGAUAUAUUCUAACUCUGACUUAGUUCAAACAGUAACAUGGGCAAACUAUGAAUGGUUCGCUUUGAGAAACUCAGUACAACCACAAGCUAGAGAACAAACAGACCAGUAUGCAACUAUUGAGAAAAUAAGAAGACUUGACCCUAACGUUCCAGGAGUUUAUGUUAACCUUUCUGGACAAACUGCAGCAGCAGUAACCAAAGUAAAACUGAAACUUAGAGUUCCUUUGUCAUCUUUCCUCAUCUUCAGGUUUUUAAGAUACUUGCCAAACUGGGCAGGAAAAAUUUCUAUUGAACUUACUCCAAGCAAAAAUAACUUAGUCAUUGCACCAACACAAGACCCAUUCACUAUUACAGACGUAAAGGGAACAAAUCAAACGUCAUUCGCCGAAUUUUGCAAAGACAAAGUUGACUUAGACUUUGGUUUCUCAAACUUCAACAAUGAAGUAAACUAUUAUUUCAAUGCUGCUGGAACUGCUUGGGACCCAGUUAAGUUCACAUGCGAAAAAUUUGAAUGCAAGAGAAUAGAAAGCAGACUUGCAGUCUAUAUGUUGGACCCAGAUAUUUCAAAUGCUUUAGCUGCCAAAUAUAUUGCAGUUCCACUUAUGUUCCCUAUACACCAAAUAUCUGUCAAAGACUUUGCAGGUGAAGUUGGAAACCAAAAUCCAGGAGCCGCAGGUGCAAGAACAGAUAUUGCUUUAACAACUGCAAUGAAACAUGCAGAUACUAUGUUUGUACUGUUCAGACGAACUAUAAAUGACUAUUCUUGUUUCUACAACCCUGGUAUUAAAUAUCAUAUAAACAUAGAUGGCAAAUAUUAUCCAAGAGAAGAAUAUUCUACAGUUGAGGAUAUGAGGUCAUACAACUUGACAUUAGAUGCUAUGAACUUUAACAACAACUUCACAACAACCAUUAACCCUGAAAUGCAAAGUUCUAUUAUGCCAUAUGUGAAAGUAUGGACUCAUACAGGAGGUCAAAAAACUCAAUAUACAAAUGGAGACCGUUCAAACUUUUGGCUUGGCAUUCCAUUUGCUGACUCAGAAGACUUUAUGGGUGGUAUUUCAACUGUUGGUACAGUUCAAAUACAAUAUACUGGUGACAGAGACGGUCCAGAUGAAUUGAGAGCAAAGAAGUUUACAAAACCAAUAGCACUUUUCACGGAAGAUGCUCUUUUGAAGAUUCGUUCGAUGAAACCUGCUGGGGCUCCUCAGAUUGGCAUAACGACAGCUUCCAUCGAGCAGAUUUUGGCAGCAGGUCAGUAA